UACAAAAAUUGACAAGGCUCAUCAUAGUGCGAUUUUUAUGAAUACUAUCGGGAUGAGCAAAAAUCCAGAUCUAACCCUAAAGCAUAACGAAAAUUCCCCAAAGGCUGAACAAUUGGAACUUCAAAGAUGCACCAGUGAGAAAAAGAUCAAGGAUCAUCUCAGACUCGACUGGGCUUCAAAAGAAGGAAAGAUCAAGAAGUCUGAACUCCUAAACCUAAGCAAAAAUUGUAUUGUUAAAAAGAGAGAUCAGCUUCUGACAGAAGAAGAAAAACUUAAACUCAGUGGCAUCAAAGAUCUGAAGGCAAGAAAGCUUAAAGGGCGUAUCCAUGCUAAUAAAAAUAUAAGAAGAAAGACAACGUUGAAACCUAAAAAGGAACCAUCCAGAUUAGCGGAUUAUGAUCCUCAAAAGAAGGAGAAGAAACCUCGGGUUCCAAAGACAAAGAGGCAAAGAGCAAGAGUUGAGAGGAGGAAUACAAUAACUACGAAGCCUUUACCUAAGCAGGAAUGUACCUAUGAUCCAUGCACAAUCAUGAUCUAUAAGCAAGACUACACUCAUCUUGACGAUUGCUUGAUUAAUCAGGUAUUAAGAGACUAUAACUCAUUCGUCAAAUUGACAUUUAAGAAUAAAUCAGGUUACGAUCUGGGAAAUAUCAAGCACUAUGCAAAGAGGUUUGGGAUCGCUAUCAACCAGAAGAUGAUUCAGGAAGAAGACGGGUUUAAGGAUAAAGCCAUCUGAGCUCCUAUUAAAGAGAAGUUGUUGAACUACAUCUGGAAAACAAUGAAUGAUGAAAAUAAUAUGAGAACUUUUCAUCAAAAAAUUAAAUAAAGGAUACUCAAAGUUGUAUAAAUUCUUUGUUGGCAAGGGAAAUAACUGAGAAGCAAUCAAGUCUAUCAUGAACAAGAGGCCUUGGUGGAAUCACCACACUAAGAAUGACCUACUUGAGCUUAACUUCUUGUGGACUCAGUGGAAAGUUAACUCUGAAUUAGAUAAAUUACCUUCAAAGAUACCAAAACCUAUAAAAGCAGAAAUAAUUGAGGAUUCUGGUGAAGAGGUAGAAGAGCCCGAUUCUUCAAAAAUUAUGCUGAGUUCAAAAUAUUGCCAAAAGUUUGACCCUGAGCAGAAUCUACCUCAUGGAAGCCAGAAGGUGUAUAACCGAAUAGAAUGCAACUUUAAUCUAACCAACAAGAAAAGUCUCUUUAUGAACAUGAAGCAAUAUUAUGAGUCUAUUGGUGAAGAACCAUUUGCUCUUCUCCCCUUUACAUUUCAUAUCAAAGGAGGUAGCAUCGAUCCUGAGUUCUCUAAUUUUGCGAAAUACUUUUAUGAACAGAAAGAAAUUGCAGAGAAGGAAAAGAAGACCCAGAAUGUAUGGAUCAUCAAACCUGGUGAAAAUUCAAAUAGAGGUGGCGGGAUCAGCGUCUCUAAUGAUUUCUAUGAAAUUAAAAGUCUCCUUGACAACUUUGCUAUGAACAGUAAAAGAACCUGUAUCAUUCAGAAAUAUAUCGAAAAGCCAUUGCUCAUUAACAAGAGAAAGUUUGAUAUCAGGAUCUUUACAUUGCUGACUUGCUACAAUCAAGGCUAUAUGAAGGCAUAUUUUUACAAGGAAGGAUACCUCAGAACUUCUUGCAAAGAGUUCAAUCUCGAUGAUCUUGAUGACAACAUGAUUCAUCUUACAAAUGAUGCUGUGCAGAAACAUGCAGAGGAGUAUGGAAAGUAUGAACUGGCUAACAAACUAUCAUACGAAGACUUUCAGAAGUACCUUGACACUCAUCAUAAAGACAAGUCAAUCUGAUUUUAUCGGGAUUUACUCCCGCAAAUUAGAGGAAUUAUUACUGACUCUUUCAGAGCUGUCCAUGGAAAGGUCGAUCCAUAUAUGAGAGAGAAUACUUUCGAAAUCCUUGGAUAUGACUUCAUGAUUGAUGAAGACUUUAGACCUUACUUAAUUGAAGUUAAUACCAACCCUUGACUCGAUAGAUGAUGCCCAUUGUUAUCAAGAUUGAUACCUUCUAUGUUAGAGAACUCUUUCCUUUUAGGAGUAGAUCCUCUGUUCAUCCCUCAAAGUGGAUUCCUUGAAGGAAGGUCAAUGACCAAUGAACUAUGCAAGGAGAAUAAAUACGAGCUAAUCUUUGACUCAAGGAUCGAUGGAUAGUAAAAGAUGGAAUAUAAUUAUAACUUUUCAGUUUUAUUUUUUA